ACUCCCCCACCCCUUCAGGGAUCAGACGGCGACUCCGAGCGACAGAGUGAACACUACUGAAUCACGGUUCUGGAUCAUGGUGGAACCAUCCAAACGGGCUGCUGUUCUGCUGCUGUUGGUGCUGCACGGCUACGCUGCUCACGAUGUUUUUCUCAACAGCCAGCAAGCGUUGCAGGUGCUGGUCCGAAGCAGACGAGCCAAUCAUUUGUUUGAGGAGAUGAAACCAGGAAACCUGGAGAGGGAGUGUGUUGAAGAAAUCUGCGACAACGAAGAAGCCAGAGAGGUGUUCGAGCAGGGCGAUAAAACGGUGGAUUUCUGGACAACAUACCUGGACUGUAAAGGAACCCAGACCAAACGAACACAAAACAGCAUCCCCCUGAUCAGAAAGUGCAUCACAGGCUACUGCAUCUCCGGAAACGGCUUCAACUACAAAGGACAAGUCAACAUCACACAAUCGGGAAAGCUGUGUCAACACUGGAAACACAACUUCCCCCAUCCUAUCAGCAGGUAUUUUAACACCUCAGCAGCAGACAGCAACCUACAGGAGAACUUCUGCAGGAACCCUGACAAACAUCCAGGGGGACCGUGGUGCUUCACCACAGACCCAACGGUCCAGAGGGAGACCUGCAGGGUACCAAAAUGUGGUGAGGACUUCGUCCCAACAACCUUGGCUCCAGAACGUACCAGAGCCGCAACAACGUGUUUAACCAGUUAUGGUGUUGACUACACCGGGGACAAGAGUGAGACCAUGAAUGGCCACACCUGCCUGUCCUGGUCGUCUCCGGAGGUCGUGGCCCUCAGCAAAGACAAGGAGUUCAUCCCUGAGGUGACUCUGCCAGGAAGCAAGUGUCGAAACCCGGACAAUGACCCUGAGGGCCCCUGGUGCUUCGUGGAUGUUUCUGGAAACAUCACCGUUGAUUACUGUGACCUGGAGCUUUGUGAGGAUCCUCUGACUGGUGACGAGGAGACCAACAGUCAGGGCACGGAGCGGUCUGUUCAGGUUCAGAACAAGAAGCUGUUCUUCAGCCCUCGCUCCUUUGGACAAGGAGAGAGCGUGUGUGGGGUGCGCCCCCUUUUUGAACAGGUAAGCAGAGUGGAUAACGGAGAGAAGGAGAUGCUGGAGUCCUACAGAGAACAGCGGAUCGUUGGGGGGGACAGUGCCGAGGUGGCCUCAGCACCAUGGCAGGUGAUGCUGUAUAAACGAAGCCCCCAGGAGCUUCUGUGUGGGGCGAGUCUGCUCAGUGAUCAGUGGAUCCUGACUGCCGCUCACUGCAUCCUUUACCCCCCCUGGAACAAGAACUUCACCAUAAAUGACAUUCUGGUCCGUUUGGGGAAACAUAACCGAGCCAAGUUUGAGCGUGGGAUCGAGAAGAUUGUUGCCAUCGACGAAAUUAUCAUUCAUCCUAAAUACAACUGGAAGGAGAACCUGAACCGGGAUGUGGCGCUGCUGCACAUGAAGCGACCCGUCACCUUCUCAAACGAGAUCCACCCCGUCUGCCUGCCCAGCAAGCAGGUGGCCCGGACCCUGAUGACAAAUGGCUUUAAGGGUCGAGUGACGGGCUGGGGGAACCUGCAGGAGACCUGGAACCCUGCAGCCAGGAACCUACCCACAGUCCUCCAACAAAUCCACCUUCCAAUCGUGGACCAGGAAAUCUGCCGGCAGUCCACGUCGGUCAGGAUCACAGACAACAUGUUUUGUGCAGGUUAUAAACCAGAAGAGAGUCAGCGCGGUGACGCGUGUGAAGGCGACAGCGGAGGACCGUUUGUGAUGAAAUACCCGGCAGAGAACCGCUGGUACCAGAUCGGUAUCGUGUCCUGGGGCGAAGGCUGCGACCGCGACGGGAAAUACGGCUUCUACACUCACCUGUUCAGGAUGAACAGGUGGAUCAAGAAGGUGAUUGACAGGACCGGAGAAGACGACGAAUAAACGCAAAGUCAUAAAGAUAUCUGUUCGUCAGAAAAUAAUGCUAAUAAAGUUUCAUCUGUGUGGAAAAAAA